UCAUGGACGGGGAAAAGCCUCUCAAAGGGGCGCCGAAGCCUUCGGAGCGCCGGGGCAGCGCGGGCAAGGCCACCCUGACCAGCCACAUCCUCAACCUGUGGAGCACCGCCACGCUGCAGCCGCAGGUGAACCUGUCGCUGGCCGAGAUCUGCGAGAACUUCGACGAUGAGGGCCGAGACGUGGGCAAGAUCCGCCGGCAGAAGAGCCAGUCCCUCACCUCCAGGCCCCAGGGGCUGGAGGAGCGGGCUCUGCUGGACCUGGAGCUGCACGGCUGCAACUCCAUAGAAGGCCUCCGGGAGAAGGGGGCCGAGGACAUCAGUACCAAGGCCGAUGAACCUAAGGGCAAGAGAUUUCCAAUUGUUGGCCCUAAGUGGGAGAGGCGGAACAGAAAUCCAGAAAAGUGUUCCUCAGAGUCAUUAAUCAGUCUCUCAAAGAACGUACCCCAUCGAGCCUAUUGGACAGAACAGCAGAACAGGCUGCCACUGCCCCUGAUGGAACUCAUGGAGAAUGAAGCUCUGGAAAUCCUCAAAAAAGCCCUCAAAAGCUACCGGUCCCAGAUCGGCAAAAACCACUUUCUGACCAAGGAGCUGCAGCGGUACAUCGAGGGGCUCAAGAAGCGCCGGAGCAAGCGACUGCAGUGCCCAUCCUAGCAAACCUGGACUCCCGCCCGCCCCGCCCCACCCCGCCCCAGCCCCCUCCGCGUGAAUAUGAACCCUGGAGAAAAUAAAAAGUGUCGGUGAUCCCUGAGUCAGUGCGUGGCUGCCGCGUGAGGCGGACGCACGUGGCCCCGCCCUUCCCCGUGACCUUCAUUCGGUCACCGCAGUGACCUUGAGUUUUCUUCAUCGGAGUCGGGUCCCUGUCUUCCUUAGGCUCCAAGCCUAGGGUUAUUUUAGUC